AUGCCGGGCAUCAUUGCCGAGCCCGUGGCAAGACCAACCAAGAACCAGGCUCGUCGGUCGAAGAAGAAGGCACAAAAGGCGCAGCAGCGCAACGCUUCUGAGACUCCUGCGCCUACAGAAACUCCACCCGCGACGAAUGGCACCACAACACAAAUAUCAGGAAAGGCAGAUGCGAAUCACCCAAUACAACCUGUUCAGCCCGCCGACGAUGAUCCAAUACAAGAUGUCCCCGAUGUCGCCGACUUCGAGCUCGAGGCCGACAAUCCACUCUUCUCACAAUUCUCCAACAUCUUCGCCAAAUUCCAGGAUGCGGAAGACGAGGAUGCCGCGGUGAAAGAGGCUGAGAAGCCGGCAGUAUUCUACGAUGACGACGACAACAUCCAAGAUGAAGACGAAGAAGCCGAAACCGCUCGCAAACUCUCCAAGAAAGCACUAAAGAAGGCGAACAAGCUCUCGAUAGCAGAACUCAAAGCCAUCGUUCGCAAACCAGAGAUAGUAGACUGGACAGACGUCUCGGCCCACGAUCCAAAACUACUCGUCAACAUCAAGAGCACGCGAAAUGUUGUGCCGGUGCCCACCCACUGGAGUCUGAAGAGGGAGUACCUGAGCAGCAAACGCGGGAUAGAAAAACCCGGCUUCAGCCUCCCCAAAUUCAUUGCCGAAACGGGUAUCAGUGAUAUGCGUGAUGCGGUACUGGAAAAGCAGGCAGAAGCCACGCUCAAACAACGACAACGGGAGCGUGUGGCCCCAAAGAUGGGGAGGCUGGAUAUCGAUUACCAGAAGUUAUACGAGGCGUUCUUCCGACGGCAGACGAAGCCGCAAUUGACAAGGUAUGGGGAGAUAUACUACGAGGGAAAAGAGUAUGAGACGAAUCUGAGGCAUUUGAGGCCGGGGGAGAUGAGCGAGGAUUUGCAGGAAGCGUUGAAUAUGCCGCCCGGAGCUCCGCCGCCGUGGUUGAUCAAUAUGCAGAAGGUUGGGCCUCCACCUUCGUAUCCUGCGACGAAGAUUCCGGGACUCAAUGCGCCGCCGCCUCCGGGUGCGUCGUGGGGAUUUCAUCCGGGAGGGUAUGGGAAACCGCCGGUGGAUGAGAAGGGGACGCCGUUGUGGGGUGGGGAUGUUUUUGGGAUGGCGGAGGCGGAUCCAAGUAAGGAGAAGCAGAGUGUGGAGGUCGUGGAUAAGAGUUUGUGGGGUGAGUUGCAGGCGAUUGAGGAUGAAGAAGAGGAGGAGGAAGAGGAGGAGGAUGAGGAUGAAGAGGAGGAUGAGGAAGAUGCGGCGAAGGAUGUUAGUGGUGGGUUGCAGACACCUUUCGGUGGGACGGAGACGCCGAGUGGCAUGCAGAGUACCGUCCCUACGGAUAUUGGUGGCACGCACUCGAUGAACGAGGAGUUUAACCUGAGAAGACAGAAGCGAGGGACGGAGACGGAGGAGUCGCAGCAUCCUCGCACCGCAGGCACGGUGCUGCAAGAACGUUCUAUCCGAGCCGAAGGGUUCUUUGGUGGCGAAAAGGCAUACAAUCUCAAUCAAUCCCACCAGGACCGACCUGUGUUGGGUCAAGAACAGAGAGGUGCGAAGCGGAAGGCGGGGGAUCUGGAUGUGAGUGUGGAUGUGGAUGCGUUGGAGAGGGAGGACCGGUUGAGUAAGGAUGAGGUGAAGCGGCAGUAUGAGGCUACUAGGAUGCAAGGGGGUGCCGGGGGUUGGCAGGGUGGGGUGGUGGAUCAGGAGGAUUUGACGCAGAUGAUUGCUGAGGAGGCGAAUAAGAGGCAGAGGAAGGAUAGGGAGAGGAGGGAGAGGCGGUGA